AUGAGAAGAGUUGUGUCACCACCAAGCUUCGCCACUUGUCAAGCCCCAUCCCAAACCGCCAACCUCAACGAAAGAAACAUCCCCAAACCACACCAACCCAUCCUAGGUCUCUUUCAAAAACCCCAUCGCCAUCAGAUCAUGAGUUCCACGACGAAAUACCAGCCCGCGCGGCAGGACGAGCCCGACGACGACGACUAUACCACGGCGCCUCCGGCCUACGGCCAAUCGUCGCGCGAUGUCGCCACCGCCGGUAUCGAAGCCCAGGGCCUCUUUGCCCACGCCCGCAGCAGCGAGGAUAACGUGCCCGACGAUUUCAAGUUUGGCGGCUCCGUUGCAGAAGCCACCGUCGACAUUCGUAAUCAAUUCGUCCGCAAGGUCUACACUAUCCUCACCGUGCAGCUUCUCAUGACUGCCGGCGUCAGCUCCCUCAGCUUCUUCAGCACAUCUUACAAAUCCUGGAUCCAGGCUCACCCCGGCGUCGUCUGGAUUUCCCUCAUCGGUUCCAUGAUCUUCCUCGGCCUCACCUAUUGGAAGCGCAAGUCCUACCCGACCAACCUGCUCUUUCUCUCGCUCUUCACCCUCGCCGAGGCGUACACCAUUUCCGUCAUCGUCUCCUUCUACCGCACCAGCAUCGUCCUCAACGCCGUCGUCCUCACCGGCGGCAUCUUUGUCGCCCUCACUCUCUUCGCCUGCCAGACAAAGUAUGACUUCACAUCGUGGAUGCCCUACCUCUUUGGCGCCCUCUGGGGCCUGGUUCUCUUCGGCUUCAUGUCCAUGUUCUUCCCCUAUGGCUCCACUGGCGAGCUUCUAUACGGCGGAGCCUCGGCUCUCAUCUUCAGCGCCUACGUCCUCGUCGACACCCAGAUGGUUCUGCGCAAGCACCACGUCGAGGAGGAGAUUGCCGCCGCCAUUAGCCUCUACCUCGACAUCAUCAACCUAUUCCUCGCCAUCUUGCGCAUCCUUAAUUCCCAGUCUAGCGACUGA